AUGAAGAGACAAAAGGUAAUCGAGUUAGAUUGUGUGGAUUCGAAGAAGCUCGACAUAGAUUGGGAAAAUGUUUUGGCCGAAGAAGAUGUGCCGGAACUGGAAAUCAUCGGCAGUAACAAAACUCCGGUUACUUGUUCCGGCGAAGAUUCCGCUCCCCCCGUGCAAUCCCUCGACGAUAACCAAAUCGACGACGAGCUGAAUCGUCGAAGAUCGAUUCUUUCUGCUUUGAGUGACAGGUUACCAGACAACGGCGAGAAAAUCCGGACCAGAAUCGGAAACCUCGAGUACGAGAAGCAGCGAAGGUUGCUCCGCCGGACAAAAAUGGAUCCGGACAAAUGUCAGAUUCUCUCGCAUUCGAAAAGCUCAGAUGUGUUUAGGCAAGCGGAAACAGCAUCAAAAGAAACCUCUAGACAAUGGAAUAUAGGAUCGAAAAUUCUGUCUCGGUCUCGGUCGACAUUUGGUGCUCAAUUUAGUGAGAAUCCAAAAAUGGAUGCUCAACCAGUGAACCUGUUUGAUGAAGAACUACAAGAUUUGGGAAGUGGAAGCUGGAAAGGCAAGGCUGGUAGAGAGACAAAAACAAAUCAAAGCAAUGGGUGGCGGUCGAUGCCAAGUUUACGCAAGUCUCAGGGAGUGGAGUUUGAAAGCAUCGCCAUCGCAGAGUUUAAGCUUCAAGAAGAUGAUAAAUUGAUUAAUUUGGAUGAAGAUGAACCUCAUUCUCCAAUGGCAGUAGAGGAAGCAUUUGAACUUCCUGAAGGGUUGCCGGAAGAUAUUUGCUAUCCGUCGAGGGAUGACCCAGACCUUGUUCAAUUGUCUCUUAAGGAUCUUAAAUGCCUUUCACCUCGAGAAUAUCUUACGUCACCAGUUAUAAAUUUCUACAUCAGGUUCUUGCAGCACCAGGUGUUUUCGGAAAAUCAGACAGCUGCUAAUUCUCAUUUCUUCAAUACAUUCUUCUACAAGAAGCUCAUAGAAGCUGUUUCUUACAAGAAAAUUCGAGGUCCUAUAGAUGUUUUAAGUUUCAUUCCUUUCUUACAGAAGGUUGAAGCUAAGCAUAUCAUGUGCAAUUAUAACAAGAAUCGAGAGAAACUGCUUAUGAGUUAUGACCGCUUCUUUGAAUCUUAUGAUUCACUUAUUAUAACAAGCGGUGGUGGAAGGGUUUUGAUCUAUUCCGUAAAUCAUAUAUUUUUAUACCGAUACAUGAAGAGUAAUCUCCACUGGAGCUUAGUAAUAAUAUGCAUCCCAGAUAGGGAUGACGAAUCGGGACUGACUGUAAUUCACUUGGAUUCAUUGGGAUAUCACCCAAGAGAAAUAAUUUUCGACAAUGUCAAAAGGUUUCUGAGAGAGGAAUGGAACUAUGUGAAUCAAGAUGCUCUUUCAUUGGAUUUACCAAUCUCAGGAGAAAUAUGGAGAGACUUUCCCAAUAGGAUCAUCGAAGCUGAAGUGCAGGUUCCGCAACAGAAGAAUGAUUGCGACUGUGGACUGUUUGUGCUCUUCUUCAUAAAACGGUUCAUCGAAGAGGCUCCUGAAAGGCUGAAAUUGGAGGAUUUGGGAAUGAUUCACAAGAAGUGGUUUAAACCCGAUGAAGCCUCCGCUUUGAGGUUCAAAAUCUGGAACAAACUCAUUGAUCUAUUUCGCAACAGUAACCAAACAGAUUAA